AGAGAGAGAGAGAGAGAGAGAGAGAGAGUGAGAGAGCGAGGGAGAGAGAGAGAGAGGCUGACUGAGGAAAGGGAAAAGGGGUGGGGACGGUGAAUGCAGGAAAGUUUUCCUUCGUAGCAACAAGUUGGAGAAACUCAGGAAACUGUGGAACAAAAUCCUCAGCCAGCUCGACAGCAAAGCAAACAGUGCGGGACUGAACACACACUCCAACUGCCACACACGCUGAGGAGAGAGAGCAGAGCUUUAUUCCACGGUGUGAGUGUCCUGUCUGUGUAUGUGUGUGUUAGCUAGCACAUUAUCCAGCCACGUUAGCAAUGUGUGAGGACGCAGUCCAAGCAGAGAGGAACAGCAUGGUGAGCAGCACCCACGAGAGCCAGGACCUGAUGGUCCCCAGCCCCGACCAACCCUCCCCCAAUCACAGCCUCUCCCAGCUGGGCAUAGGAGCUCAAAGCGCAGACUCCGAAUCCGGAGCUCCUGGAGGAACCACCACCAAGGAGGGGCCACCAAGCCCAACACUGACCCCAGGGACGGGCCCGGUUAACGCCAUCACGGUGCUGACCCUCCUGGACAAACUGGUCAACAUGCUGGACACGGUGCAGGAGAACCAGCACAAGAUGGAGGUGCGUCAGGUGGAGAUGGAGGGAGCGGUGAUGGGGAUCCAGGCAGACAUGACCAAGCUGUCCAAGAGCCACACACACACCGCCAACACCGUCAGCAAGCUGCUGGACAAGAGCCGCAAGGUGUCCGUCACCAUGAAGGAGGUGCGUGACAGGAUGGAGCGUCAGGCUGGACAGGUUAAGAAGCUGGAGGCAAACCACUCCCACCUGCUCAAGAGGGAUAACUUCAAAGUGCUCAUAUUCCAGGAGGAGAAUGAAAUCCCAACCAGUGUGUUUGUCAAGGAUCCUGUUCCUUUCCCCCGUGAAGCUGAGGAGGGGGAGGAGCCCACCGCCGUCAUCGACGCCAACCGCUCCACGGAGGAGGGGCUUCACACCAUCGACCUAUCCUCGGACGAGGACGUAGGGCUGGAGGCGGACCUGGACGAGGUGGGAGAUGGCGUAUACGAGCUGGCCGGAGAGCACACAGACAAAUCCCGCGCGGAUAAGUUCAAACGCUCCAGUCUAAAGAAGGUGGACAGUCUGAAGAGGGCCUUCUCCAAAGCGAAUAUUGAGAAGAAGAUGAACAAGAUUGUGUCUCAGGAGAAACGAGAGAAGAUGAAGAAGAGCCUGACACCCAACCACCCAAAGAGCUCCUCCUUCAAAGUGUCCCCUCUCACCUUCAGCAUCAAGAAGAAUCGUAAGUCUGAGGGCCAACCUGAAGCUGAAGCCGAGGUGGAGGCCUCAUCCCAGACCGGGGUCUCGCCUACCGCCGUGGCCUCUAUCGAGAUCUCCCCGCUGGCCAGCCCUGACGAGGAGGUCCUCUUCACCGAGGUGCACUCCCAACUGGCUCCGGGGCUGGAGGAGUCCAAGGCUGAGGCUGAUGCUUUGGAGACGGAAGAGGUGGCCGUCAGUGAAGUUCCAGAAUCUGACGAAAUUCCAGAAUCCAACGUUUUCUCUGAUUCCAAACCGUUCGUAGAAUCCGACGUUCCUGAGGCGGAUGUGGAUCUGUCGGUUAUGACGGAGGGAGUGAGCGAGGAGUACGCUCUCUCUGCCACGCUCCCACAGGAUGCCUUCCACUCUACCUCGCCCUUCGAUGAGGAAGACAGGGAGGACAAAGUGCAGAGGGAGAAAGAGUAGGAGAAGGAAGGAGAGAAGGAUGUGUAGAAAGAGG